UCCUAGUGACAGACCGAACAAGUGACAGAGAGAAGAAACGAGAGAAGGAGAGAGUAAGGGGGGAGAACACUUAGAGGAGAGCUGUGCUUCGUCCUCUGACACCGGACGUCGGGCGACUCCUAAGGAAACCAGGGACAGAGGGGACAGGUGACAGAGGAUCAUGGUGUUUUCAGAAAGGCGCGAUAACGUGUUUGAGUGUGUGUCGCGUCCAGGAGUGUGUGUGAAAGCUCCCUGAAGAGAAGGACAGUGAUGAAUUGCCAUGUCAGGAUCUAGAAGCCAUCAGCUGCCUCACUGAAGACAUGGCUCAGGCAAAAGGGCAGAGAGAUGGAACGUCGCUGUCUAAUGAGAAUGCUCGCCCAGCGUCGGGAGAGGGCGUGGCAUGGCAGGGUCCUCGUACGGUGGUCCUGCAGAAGAACUCUCAGGGCUUUGGCUUCACGCUACGCCACUUUAUCGUCUAUCCACCGGAGUCUGCCCUUCACACUAGUCUGAAGGAUGAGGAGAAUGGGAACGGGAAAGGAGGCCAGAAAAGUCGUUUGGAGCCGAUGGACACUAUCUUUGUGAAGAAUGUGAGAGAGAAUGGCCCCGCUCACCUGGCAGGCCUGUGCACAGGGGACAGACUUGUGAAGGUGAAUGGGGAAAGCGUUUUGGGGAAAACAUACUCUCAGGUGAUAGCGCUGAUCCAAAACAGUGAUAAUGUGUUGGAGCUGUCGAUAAUGCCCAAAGAUGAGGAUGUACUGCAGUUGGCAUACUCUCAGGACGCUUACCUGAGAGGAAAUGAGCCGUACACAGGGAAAGCCCAGAACCUUCCAGAACCACCUCCUGCCUGUUACCCACGAAGCAAACCCGCUCAGAACCACAGCCAGCUGGACAACCUGAACUGCCAUUCGAGCCCGUCUGGGCAGGCUCAUCAACUGGACAACCGUUCCGGAGGGGACGUGGGCGGGACGGCGGGACACCGCUCAGAUGAGGGAGGGGUGCAGCACGCUGCCACUGGUCGGCACGUUCUGGGCCACCACCGGGCUCGUUCUUCGUCCUCUGCAGGGAUAACUGUUAGUCCUCUGGACUUCCACUUUGCCAAUCACAAUGCAGCCAUUGCUUCUGCGUCACUGCCCCAUCCCAGGAAAGGCAGCCUGCCCCAGUCUCGCAGUGAACUGUGCCACCAGGCCCUGUCCGACUGGUACUACAGCCAGGCGGCAGCCGAGCGUCCGAACCUGCCAAUGUCCCCCCGCCACCGAAGCAUCUCCCAAGAUCGACUGGUUGAAUUGGGCUUGGCAUUGGGGGGCCACCAGGGGGCCUGGCCACACAGUGCCUCCCAGGAAACCUUGUUACUGCACUAUGGGGCAGGAAUGGGUGCUGGAAGACCCUCCCCACACACAGACUCAUCCUGGUUAAGCAGGUGGGGUGUGCCUGGGGGUCAGACCUCCAGUCGCUCCUGCUCGGAGAAUCUACUAGCUGCCUACGCUGCCUAUGAACACAGUUAUGGUCGCUCCCUUGAGACACUGGACCAGGCAGCUGCCCUGGUCUCCCCCCGUUACGAGAGACCAGCCUGGCCCAAUCAACCAGCCAAAGCUGAGGAACGUCACGGCUUGGCCAAUCACCGUUUGGGAGUCCCAACAACUGCAUCACCCACUGGCCGUGGGACAAGCCAAAUGCAGAAACAACAGACAGGUCCACAGCCCCAACAGGGUACCUAUGCUAGACGUAUGCCUGCACAGACGAUGGACGACCAAACAGUGGGUUACCGUAGUUACAGCCCUUCGUUCUGUCGGAAGGCUGGUCACAUCAUGCAGCAGUCGCACUCCUUCAGGGACCCCUCCUACACCGGACCUCACCUCAGCUGGUCCCCUAUUCCCAAAACCAGCCCCCCGGACAGUAUUCCUUCUUCAGGUCGAGAGUCUUCCCCUCUGACGCCAGACUCUCAGGACGCAGCCAAGCCGGGUUCGGCGGAGGAACCCGUUCAGGUUCAGACUCAAGAGGUGGUCUUCAGACAGAAACCCCCUACAGGCAGGCGGACCCCUCAUGCCAUGCGGCAGCCGCACUACGCUCUGCCCGUAGAUGCAGCGGAGCCUCCUCCAGCCACAGAGGCCACAGGACAAGCUGCCCAUCGGCCCAACGGCAGUAUGCCGCCCCUGCCCGCGGAGCAGGACUCCCUGGCUUCCAUUCCCUUCAUAGAUGAGCCUACCAGCCCUAGUGUUGACCUGCGUGCCCAGCAUGUCCCCGCAUCCUCAGUCGUGUCCAGCGGCUUGUGCCAAGCACCUGCCCUCAUCAACCGUUCCGUCUCUCCCACACUCACCUCCCCUCUCUCACAGCUCCUCUACACAGACUGCAGUAAUAUCAAAAACAACCGCCGCUCCUCAUACUUAUUGGCCAUCACUACAGAGCGCUCAAAGUCAUGUGACGAGGGACUGAACACCUUCAGAGAAGAGGGUCGUGUUUUCUCGAGACUACCAAAAAGGGUCAAAAGCUUCUUUACUGAUGGGUCGCUGGAAAGUUUGCGAGUGACGGAGGAUGCUCGUUCCAAACGCCACUCCACCUCUGAGUUGGGUACCAUCACACUCAGUGACAUCAGAAAGGAUGGAUGGCUGCACUACAAACAGAUCCUCACUGAGAAAGGAAAGAAAGUAGGCAGUGGUAUGCGUCCAUGGAAGCGUGUUUUCUCGGUUCUGCGCUCACAGUCACUGUUCCUCUACAAAGACAAGCGGGAGGCGGUGCUUCACGGCGCCGGGGCGGGGGGUCACGGUCACGGCAACGGCCAGGGGGAGGACGAGCAACCAAUCAAUAUCCGCGGCUGCCUGAUUGACAUAGCCUACAGCGAGACGAAGCGAAAGCACACACUACGGCUGACGACUCAGGACUUCUGUGAAUACCUGUUGCAGGCGGAGGACCGAGAGGACAUGCUGAACUGGAUUAGGGUCAUCAGAGAAAACAGCAAGACUGAGAGUGAGGAGUUGGGUUUCUCCAGACAGGCUCUCAUCAAUAAGAAACUGAAUGACUACAGGAAACAGAGUCCUGCAGGCGGUAAGCCAGACACUUCUCCGAGGGUUCAUCGAAUGAUGCCACCUUUUCUCCUGUCCAAGACCGACAACACCUCAGGAGUCAACCGUGCCCCAAAAAUAGAUGGCAAGGAUGAAAGUAGCCCUAAGGCUCCAUGGGGGAUUAACAUCAUGAAGAAGGGAAAGAAGGCGGGGCCCAAAGCAUUUGGUGUGAGACUGGAGGACUGUCCACCUGGUGCCUCCAAUAAGUUUGUCCCCUUGAUAGUGGAGAUCUGCUGCGGUAUGGUGGAGCAGCUGGGUUUGGAGUAUACGGGUGUUUAUAGAGUACCAGGAAACAAUGCUAUGGUGUCCACACUGCAAGACCAACUCAACAAAGGCAUGGACAUUAACACUGCUGAAGAGAAAUGGCAGGACCUAAAUGUAAUCAGCAGUCUUCUCAAGUCCUUCUUCAGGAAGCUUCCAGAACCUCUAUUCACAGAUGAUAAGUAUAAUGACUUCAUUGAUGCCAACCGGUUAGAAGAUGCAGGCGAUCGUCUGAAGACUAUGAAAAAAUUGAUUCGUGAUCUACCAGAUCACUACUACCAUACACUGAAGUUUGUGGUUGGUCACCUGAAGACAGUGGCAGAUCACUCAGAGAAGAAUAAGAUGGAGCCCAGAAAUCUGGCGCUGGUAUUCGGUCCUACACUAGUACGGACCUCUCAGGACAACAUGACGGACAUGGUCACCCACAUGCCCGACCGCUACAAGAUAGUAGAGACACUCAUCUUGCAUCAUUCUUGGUUCUUCAGUGAUGAACUGGAUAAAGAUGAGAAGACACCUGAUGACCAGCAAGACCUUCAGCCCGUCCCAAACAUUGAUCACCUCCUCUCCAACAUUGGCAGGACAGUCCCUUUGGAAGACACUUCAGAUUCCACCAACAGUGACUCAACUAGGUCCAAGGGAUCGGUGAAUUCAAAGAAAGACCUGAAUGCCAAGGAUUUCCUCCCCUUGUCCUUCAUAUCCGCAGUGACCCGGAAACGAAAGAAGCACCAAGGAGCCUGUCCCCAGGACAGCAGCACCGAUGAGGACUCUGAGCACGAGCCAGUCAAAGCCAGCAACUAUGGAGAAAUGGGUGGAGCUAGGGUAGAAGAAGGGGAGGAUGGGAGGGAUGAGGGAGGAUGUAUGCCUCUGAGAUUAGAGAGAGAGACCGAGGGCGACAGAAAUAGACGGAGUGAAGAGGUUGGGCCAUGCGAGGGAACAGGAACAGAGGGAGAGAGAGGGAGUGCGGUUCCACAGCGGGAGAAGUGUAGAGCAGAUAUGGAUGUUAACGGAGGGAUGUUGGGAUGGCGGAGCUCAGGUAGCGUACCCUCUGUUGUGUCCGACCACCCUUCCAUGUCCAUGCAAACUCAAGCAGGAGAAAGACCAGAGGCUGGGGGGAAGGGCAGCGAAAGUGGCCCACCGGAGAACACCCAGCCUCGGCGGCCCCGCAGUUUCCUCUACUCACACCAUAAAGCCCAAAUGGCAGCAGUCAGAGCCCCUUUAGGGUCCAAACCGAUAACAAAGCAUGGUAAGAAUGAGAGUGAAGUGCUUCUUUCCAUCACGUUAUCAAACACCCCACCCUCUUCCUCCUCAACCUCCUCCUGUUUUACUUCCACCCUUCCCAGCCCUGGAGGCACCUCCCAAAGCUCUCACAGACUUGCCCAGGGUGACCCUCUCAAUCGGAAGAAACUGAGGGGAGAGAGAAUCCGGCCUCACUCCCUGUAUAUAGAGCUGAACAGGGCAGGGCAGGAGCAGGUGGCAGAUCUGCCAAUUAGAUCAAGGUCUGCUUCUCAAAGUAUCCCAGAGGGAAUGUCUAAGAUGAGGGGCUCUUUUACCAGAGGACAAGAGAGGUUGCACCAAACUGCAGGCUUCAGCCAAGCUAACAGGGACCCCUCUCUCUAUCAGGGCUGGGUGGGCCAGAUACAGGUUUCUGAUGACCUUGAGAGAGUGGGGGGCCUUCGACGGGCGGGAUCGCCCGAAAUACGGCGUAGGAGACGAGACAGGAGACGUCACACAGUGGUGGUCAACCUACCUGGAGAUGGAUGAGGAGGCAUUUGGAUUUCACUAACACACACUCACAUACAUAUACAAACAACCAGACCAAGUUGCCUGUGCCAACCAGAAUCCAAUCCUGGAUUAACACCAAUCUAAUGCCAGUCUCUCUUUUUGCCCCUCCCAUCUGAGGAAAGGGUUUUUUUUUAUGGCAGCUAAAGUUUAUUAUGCCAAAACUGCUAAAACAGAAUUUUAACUCCUUAUCAAUAAAGAAUAGCACAGCACCCUAUCAAUAUUAUCAAGACUGCACAAAACACUCAGUGUGCGCAUGACCUGCUUAAAGGUAUUUUGGUGGUGUAAGUGGCACUCAGAAUACACAAUAGCAUUCUUCCCCAAAGAACAAAUGGAUUUCAUGACAUGCUUAUUGUAUACUGCCUCAUACACAUUACAUCUCUCUUUUGUGGACACAUAGACCAACCCAUAAAGAACUAUAUUUGACAAUGUUACAGACAUAGUAUUAUUAGUGGAACUACUGCAAUAAACAAAGGGAUGUUUACCAUAAGAGGUUCCAGAACACAAACACACACACACUCUUGGUCCUGCACUGGCUCCACUGUAUUUGGAUGUGUAAUGUUUGUCUCCGUUAUGGCUUUGACAUACCAGUGCAGAUAGAAUGACCAAGAUGUGAAAAAGUCCCUUUGUGACUUAACAUGUCUGCCCAAUGACUGUUUAGAUGUAAUAUCUGUCUGUGUCAUCCCAAUGGUUCUAGUCCCAGUGCAUGUACAUACUGUAUGUGGG